AUGGAUGCAUUGUCUACAGAGUCGAAUCUCCAGACAUUUCCUCGAUCCGCAACCCAGGGCAAGAUCUCCGGAGGUUCUAAUCCUCGUCGAGGUGCUGAUGGUAAGUUGUGCCUCGGAUUUAGGAAUCUGUCGGAUUUUGAUCUAUUCCAGUUUCAGUUAAGGAACCCAGGAGAUGGGAGGAACAGGCUCAGUGGCAGCUUUCCCCUUGGAAUAUUGAAUCUAACAAAGCUGUCUCAUAUACAUCUCAGGGAUAAUGAGUUGACAGGCUCUUUCCCACCAAACAUGACUUCCCUCUCCGAUUUGGAGGAAUUCGAUGCAUCUGGGAAUCGUUUUGUGGGAGCUUUCCCUUCUUCUCUACUCGAGAUCCCUUCAUUGACUUAUAUUGAUCUAAGUGGAAACCAACUCAGGAACUUCGCCGAUUACGGGAACAUCCCUCCGACAUCUAGACUAGAGAAUUUAUACAUGGGAGAUAACAAUUUCAGCGGACCCAUCCCCAUGGCGUCCAUUUCAAAAUUAGUCAACCUCCAAGUGCUUGUCCUUUCAAGGUGGAACACGGGAGGGGACGCCCUUGACGUCAGCCCUUUGUAUCAUCUCAAGUCCCUUUACUAUCUCCACUUAUCAGAUCUGAAGAUGACCACCGCAAUUGACUUGAGCCUACUCUCUCCUCUUCAGUCGCUGUCCAAUUUGGACCUGUCUGGCAACCGUGUUUCAACCGCAAACAUUACUUCCGCUUCUGAUUUCUCUCAGCAGUUGGAAGCCUUGUAUAUGUCGGGCUGCAACGUCACUGAGUUUCCCCUGUUCCUAAGAACCCAACGACAUUUGCAAGUACUGGACCUUUCCGGCAAUAUGAUCAAAGGCCAAGUGCUCGACUGGUUGUGGAGGCUACCGAGGUUAUACCAUGUGAAUAUGUCUCACAACUCUCUCGGCAGUUUCCAAGCAUCAUCAUCCCAGCAAAUGUUUCCCCAAUCACAGCUUCAGAGAAUAGAUGUAAGUUGGAAUGAUUUCCAAGGACCACUCUUCAUCCCUCCUUCUCACUCCAUUCAGUAUUUGGGGGGAUCCAACAACAAUUUCUCCGGAGGGAUUCCCCAAUCUGUAUGUUCCCAGACAUAUCUACAAUUCCUCGAUUUGUCACACAACAACUUCGACGGCUCUGUUCCACGGUGUUUGGGGAAUACCAUUGGAUCUCUCAUUGUUUUGAGUCUUCGUCACAACCGACUCAGCGGAACUCUUCCAGACAUUUUUGUUGAUGCCAACGAAUUGAGAUCAAUUGAUCUUAGCGGCAACCGGUUGGAGGGAAAACUUCCUAAAUCUUUGAUCAAUUGCAGCAGUCUGGAGGUUUUGAAUGUGGCAAGCAAUCGAAUCAAAGACACGUUCCCCUUCUGGUUGAACUCUUUGAAAGAGCUACAAACUAUUUUGUUGGUUGGGACGCAAUCUCUUCGACGGGGUCAAGUGAUGUUCCGCUGGGGUCCAUGUCUAUUCCAAUGA